GCAGGGCAGGGGCAGCGGUCCGGAGCAAGCGCCGGCGCGGGCGGGGCCCUGGCAGCGGGGCGGUCCAGCCGCUGUCAGCUGAGGUCCCGUCGAGGCGGGCGGGGGCAGCCCAGCGACGCCGCGGCGCCAGCAGUCCCUGAUCAGAGGGCGGCUGAGCAGGUGGAGGAGCCCGGAGUCCGCAGGGCGCAGUCGCUCCGCUUUCCCUGGUCCUCGCGCCUCGCCUGGCUCCGCGUCGGAACCAUGGACAGCGCCCGCGGCCCGGCUCGGGGGCUGCAGCUGGACGCCGCCGGCUUCUGGCAGGUCUGGAAGCGCUUUGAUGCGGACGAAAACGGUUACAUAGAAGAGAAGGAGCUUACUGAUUUCUUUCACCAUUUGCUGAUGAAACUGGGUACUGAUGACUCAGUUAUGGAGGAAAAUGUACACAAGAUAAAACAACAAUUUAUGACUGCCUACGGUGUCCCUAAAGAAGGCCACAUAAGAAUGAAAGAGCUGGCCAGUAUGUUCUUGUCUGAGGAUGAAAACUUUCUCCUCCUGUUUCACCUGGAAGCUCCCUUGGACAGCAGUGUGGAGUUUAUGCAGAUUUGGCGCAAAUACGAUGCAGACAGCAGUGGCUUUAUAUCAGCUGCUGAGCUUCAAAACUUCCUCCGAGACCUCUUCCUCCACCAUAAAAAGGUCAUUUCUGAGGCAAAACUGGAAGAAUACACUGACACCAUGAUGAAAAUCUUUGACAAAAAUAAAGAUGGUCGGUUGGAUCUCAAUGACCUGGCCAGGAUUCUGGCUCUUCAGGAAAAUUUCCUUCUCCAAUUUAAAAUGGAUGCCAGUUCUACUGAAGAAAGGAAGAGGGACUUUGAGAAGAUCUUUGCCCACUAUGAUAUUAGCAGAACUGGAGCCCUUGAAGGCCCAGAAGUCGAUGGGUUUGUCAAAGACAUGAUGGAGCUGGUCCAGCCCAGCAUCAGUGGAGUGGACCUUGACAAGUUCCGAGAGAUCCUCCUGCGUCACUGCGAUGUGAACAAGGACGGGAAAAUUCAGAAGUCUGAGCUGGCUUUGUGCCUUGGUCUGAAAAUCAGCCCCUGAUCUUCACAUGCUUUGUGGUUCGCCCUUGCCAUGUGUACGCCCUCUUGCUGUUAGAAUUGUAUCUGUGCUUUGCUGCUUGGGACCCAGUGGGCAAACUUUCUCACUAUAGCUUGGUGUUUUCGGGCGAGGCGAGGGACCCUAAAGGCCUUUCCAAUGGCAGGCAUGGUCCUGUCUCUCUGAAACCCCCAGUUAGCAGCUGUGUCCUUUUCCCCUUGACCCUGGGUUUUCCUGUGCACCCCAUGGACUCAGUGAUCUGUUAGAACUGUUCUGUUCUUCCCUUGCCACCAGGCGGCAGGGACAGCUUGGCCCAUCCAUCCCUGCUCUUCUUCUUGUGGGCUUUCUGCUGAGUCUGAGUGGUAUGUGGCAUCCAUGGCAAUUCUGUAAUUCUCAAAAGAAGAUUGUUAUAUGGAAAUAAAUCUGCAGUUGAAAAUAAA